GAUCGAGGAAACCAGUAGAAGAAGGGGGGGUUGAGGCUGCGUUGGUUGGUUUCCUGAAAACAGGGGAGAUUGAGGCUAGAGUGAGGGUCGGAAGCUUGUUGGAAUAGAAGAUGGAGAAAGGGAAGGAGCAUGCAUCUUCCUCUACACCUCCUACCGCACAUCCAGAAAUAAAUCCUCUGUCCCAGGCGAUACCAAUACCAUUUUAUCCGGGUUUGUCAAACUAUAUGCAUGGUUUCCAUCCACCAAUGCCACAUGCGUGGUUACCACCAUUUGUGGAGCAUCCCGAUGCAAACCCAUCUACAUGGACUAGUCAGGGAAAUCCACUGCCCCCAUUUCACUCAUCAGCUUUCUCUCCGAUUGGUGCUCAGUCGACAACUUCAAGCCAUGUGGAUGAAAUCCAACAUAUAUCACCCGAGUCUACUGGAAAAAGUUUGUCAACUGAGCCUUCCAUUCAUGAUACUGUUGAACCCAAUGAUGCCGAUCAGUCUGGGGAUAAUGUUGAACUCAAAGAUGCCGAUCAAUCCGGGAGUACAAAUAUUGAAGGGGCCGAUAUCGUUGAGGAGCCAAAAUUGAGAAUGGUGUUUAAAUCUGAAGAGGAGUUACUUUCUUACUAUAAACGAUAUGGGCAACAAUCCGGUUUUGGGAUUAUGACACAAAGGAGUCAUAGGUUUGAGGAUGGGAGCAUUAAAUAUGUCACAUUGGGUUGUGCUCGUGGUGGGAAGGCACGAAACCAUACGACAAAUGUCGCGAGGCCACGUCCGACAUCAAAGACAGAAUGUAAGGCACGGAUAAAUGUGAUGUUUAAAAAAGGGGUGUUGAAGGUGUCGAGUGUUAACAAUUCCCAUAAUCACGGCCUAAGUCCACAAAAGUCAAGGUUCUUUCGCUGUAAUAGAGAAGUGAGCGAGUCUAUUAAGAGAAUGCUAGAUAUAAAUGAUCAGGCUGGGAUCAGAAUGAACAAGAGUUUUGCCUUUCUUGUACAAGAAGCGGGUGGAUUUGAGAAGUUGCCAUUCACUGAAAAAGACUGUCAUAACUAUAUUGACAAGGCACGCCACCUUCGACUUGGAAAAGGUGGCGCUGGAGCCCUUAGUGAGUACUUUACUCGGAUGCAAUAUAAGAAUGACGGGUUCUUUUCACUAAUGGAUAUGGAUGAUGAAGGGCGGCUGAGGAAUGUAUUCUGGGCGGAUGCACGAAGUAGGGCGGCGUACAAAUAUUUUGGAGAUGUCGUCACAUUCGACACGACAUAUUUGACAAACAGAUAUGGGAUGCCGUUUGCACCGUUUGUUGGUGUAAAGCACCAUGGCCAGUCAAUUCUAUUGGGGGCUGGAUUAAUUUCUAGUGAGGAUACAGUAACGUUUACAUGGUUAUUUCAGACUUGGUUGACUUGUAUGAAUGGUGAAGCUCCCAAGGCUAUUAUCACAGAUCAAGAUAGAGCCAUGAAAAAUGCCAUUAGUCUCGUCUUUCCAAACAGCCGACACAGAUUUUGCUUAUGGCACAUCUUGAAAAAAUUGCCAGAGAAGCUAGGUUCACAUGGUGCAUACAAAACUGGUUUGAAAAGUCAGUUGCUAAAUUGUGUGUAUGACUCUGACACAAUAGAAGAGUUUGAGGGCUCUUGGGAAGUGUUGAUUAUGAAGUACAACUUGCAGGAGAAUGCUUGGUUGAAGAGUUUAUAUGCUGAGCGUACGUAUUGGGCACCGGUGUUCAUGAAACAAGUUUUUUGA